AACUUUUUCCGGUUGGAGACGUGGCUCUGCUUUGCUGUACCGCUGCAGGUCUGGUUGCGUGAGCCUCACAAGAAAAUAAACAAAGACCUUGUCGAUCUAAUCAGGCGUUUAUUGGUGUUUCUUCGGAAGCGAUUGAGUUUCUUGGCUGUGGAAUUAAGCACCUUAAGACAGAUCCAAAAUGGUGCUCUUGGCAGCUGCAGUAUGCACCAAGUCAGGAAAAGCCAUAGUGUCUCGGCAGUUUGUGGAGAUGACCCGCACUCGCAUCGAGGGUCUCCUGGCUGCUUUUCCUAAACUGAUGAGCACCGGAAAGCAGCACACUUUUGUAGAGACAGACAGCGUGCGCUAUGUCUACCAGCCAUUAGAGAAACUCUAUAUGGUUCUCGUCACCACAAAGAACAGCAACAUCCUGGAGGACCUGGAGACGCUGCGGCUCUUCUCUCGUGUGAUCCCCGAAUACUGCCGUGUACUGGAGGAGAGCGAGAUCUCCGAACACUGCUUUGAUCUCAUAUUCGCUUUUGAUGAAAUUGUUGCUUUGGGCUACAGGGAAAAUGUUAACCUGGCCCAGAUCCGAACCUUCACUGAAAUGGACUCGCACGAGGAGAAGGUCUUCCGUGCAGUCAGAGAGACCCAAGAACGAGAAGCAAACGCAGAGAUGAGGCGGAAGGCUAAAGAGCUGCAGCAGGCGAGACGGGAUGCAGAGCGUGCCGGUAAAAAGGCACCAGGUUUCGGAGGCUUUGGAAGUUCAGGAAUGAGCAGCACUGCUACCAUCAUCACAGACUCGGUGAUGGAACCAGAGAAGCCUAAAUCGGUUCCUGUAUCAGUCAGGCCUAGUGGUCCCAGUAAAGCGCUGAAGCUGGGUGCCAAAGGAAAGGAGCUCGACAACUUUGUAGACAAACUCAAGUCGGAGGGGGAAAAUAUUAUCUUGCCCAGUGCAGGAAAGAAAGCUUCAGAAGUAUCUAAAGUCCUUCAGCCUCCAGUGAACACAGAAAGUGUACAUCUGAAGAUAGAGGAGAAGAUAUCUCUGACUUGUGGACGGGAUGGUGGGCUGCAGAACAUGGAGAUCUUGGGUAUAAUCACGCUGAGAGUCUCGGACGAUAAAUACGGCCGCAUCCGCUUGCAGAUUAACAACAACGACAAGAAAGGAGUGCAACUGCAGACCCAUCCUAAUGUAGAUAAGAAGCUGUUCACUGCGGAGUCUUUGAUUGGACUGAAAAACCCAGAAAAGUCUUUUCCCCUGAACAAUGAUGUGGGUGUGCUGAAGUGGAGGCUACAGACCACAGACGAGUCCCUCAUCCCUUUAACCAUCAACUGCUGGCCUUCAGAAAGUGGUAGCAACUGCGACGUCAACAUUGAAUAUGAGCUCCAGGAGGAGGGCCUUGAACUCAAUGAUGUAGUCAUCACCAUCCCUGUGCCGUCAGGAGUAGGUGCCCCUGUUGUUGGAGAUCUUGAUGGUGAGUAUCGCCAUGACAGCAGGAAAAACAUUCUUGAAUGGUGCCUGCCCGUCAUCGAUGAAAACAACAAGAGCGGAAGUUUGGAGUUCAGCAUAGCCGGGAGGCCAAACGACUUCUUCCCAGUGAAUGUCUCAUUCGUGUCUAAACGCACCUAUUCCAGCAUUCAGGUGGCCAAAGUGACCCAGGUAGAUGGAGACAGCCCGGUGAAAUUCUCCACCGAGACUUCCUUUGUUGUCGACAAGUAUGAGAUACUCUAAAGACUUUUAAAUGAAAUGUUUCUAGCCUGCCUGCCUACCUGUGUAACAGUUUGGACACAGUACAACCAGUGUCCAGGUCUCUCCCAGUGGCGUGCAGCAUUUGUGUAUUUGUUUGUAUGGCAAAGGAAGUUAUAUAUGUUUAUAUAAAAUGAAUCUAAGAGGUAAACGAAUCACAUCCUAACACGAAUUACCAACGGACCUUGAGCUUUGUGACCUGAAGCCGAGGACACCGAUAUCAUCGCGCCACAUGGUCUCAUCUCACCUCAAUCUGGACCUUCAUGACCCCUGAAAUAAAUUAGAGGAGGAACUUGAAAGUUUGUCCCAGUAUAAUAUAUUUUGUAACCUUACAGAGUCUGUUAAAUAUUGUAUUUAAAACAUCGAAAAUCAGUGAAACAAGAACAGGAAGUUAGUUUUUUGAUUCUGUGCUCAUUCAUAAUGAACCGAUGUUGGGGGUGUGUGUGUGUGUGUGUGUAUGAAAUAUGAAUAACUUUUCACUGUGUUCUACAAUUAGGAUGGCAGUUCAUUUUUUUUCUUUCCUUUCUUUUUUUUGCCAUUUUAUUUAUCAAAGCAUAUAACCCCUCAUCCAGGACAAAAUAGUUUUCUGUCUGCUUUUUAAAGUAAUUCUCUUUCCGCAUUACAUUUCCACAUCUGUUUUUCACAGUAAUACAUCAGUCACAUAAAUCUGUGACUGCAUCUGAUCGAAAUGUUUUCUUUUGUGCUGAUAGCUGCUACCGGAUCUAAAGAGCUGCAGGGUAUGUUUAAAGGUCUUCAACACUCUUGACAAAAACACUGACAUGAUAACGGAGGCGUAAGACGAGCCUUGAGUUUCAAGUCAUUUGAGGUCUGAAUCUGUUCAGCCGAAUUGUGCUGGGAAAAAUAUGUUCGCUGUUUGCUCUAAAUUUCAAAGUGCAAAUCUUGAUUCGAGUGAAAUCUAAUAAAACAGCCCAAAUUUGUAAGAUGUUAAGAAAGUUAAAUCUAAGCACUUAAAUCAUACAUUAAUACUAGGCAUAAGCAUUCACAAUGUCUGUUUUCUUCAACCUGAUUUAAUACCAAAAACAGUAGAAGUCCUCUGAUAUGUAUUGAUUGAGUGGAAAAUAUUUUCUCAUUGGUAUCAUUUUUGUAUCUUCCCCCCCAAAAAAUUGUCAGAUUAUACUUUUUGAGGGGGUUAUUUUAGUAUCCAAAUGGAGAGAUGAAAAUGAUAACAUUCCAGCUUACAAUUACCUGUUUUGAUAUUAAAGCAUAUUGCUUGAAUAUGAA